CGCCGGGCAACAUUCCGCUGGAGCAAUGAGCCGCAUACAGCGAUGCUUCAAGUCCCUGGCUUCCGCUGGCUUCUUUCGCACCGGGGAAGACAAUAAACUGGAGCUACUCAGUCAUGGAAGGGAAUACGCCAAGCUGCUGCAACAGCAUUGGACACGACUUCGUCCCCUGGCUGCUCACCUGGGCGUCACGAAAGAACCCAUAAAUCCCGUCAAUAUCCAGCGUUUUUCCUUUCCACAAAGCCAGCAAUUCCGAAACAAUUUCCAAAAACUCGUCAAAGAUCAUCCCCGAAAGGCCAAAUGUCCCACUCUUUUGAAACACCAGAGCACUUGCCCCGCUCCCACUAGCAAUUCCUUAUUUGGAGUAAAGGGUCCUACGCUACAUUUAACCACAGACUUCCUGGUGGAACCACAUCGCGCCCUGGAACACUUCUACAACAUGCAGCGUGAGAGCAAGAUCUGGUGGAUGCGACUUUCCUCGAAUCCCAGUCGCUAUCGCAUUGUUCCUUGCGAUUUGGCAGAGGAUCUCAAUCCCAAAGACUAUCAAGCCAUCGAUAUCCGCACGAGCUACGGUGAUGCAGGAGAAGUGACCGUGGAGCAACUGAGCCUGGUAAGAGUAGUGGACGAUAAAGACUUCCGGCUGCCCGAUGCGCGAACGGGUGAAACUGUGCAACCGACUGUCAUACGGUCUGUGAUAGAGCUGGAAACUGCCACCUGCGCUCUGCUCCUGGAUGGCUGUGAUCAUGGCCGGGACUCGCAAUCCCUGCUCUUACACCGCGUCCUGGCGCCAUAUCAAUGUGGAAUCGCCUGUGUGGAAAGUGAUUCCGAGCUAUCGGCGGACUUGGCUGAUCUUGGCCAGCAUCUGAAGCAUGUUCUCAACCACGCUGGUCUUCGACUUUCUGAGGGAAGUGGACUUUUUUCGACUAAGGACGCUUCUCAUUUAGCAGAGCACUUGCUGGAAACGGAUAUGCUGGGCAUACCUUAUACACUUGUUAUAAACGAGCAAACGCUGAGGAACGGACUGAUGCAGUUGCGCAGCCGGGACACAAGGCUGGCGGAGACCAUACACAUAAGCGAUGUACCGGACUAUUUAUUAAACAUAUUUAAAAACUGAAAA